AUUUCCCUCUCCCUCAUAAUAUGUUAUUGUUUAUUUAUUGUGAACAAACUUCAGUUUCUGAGAAAAUUGCAGAUUCAAUGCUCCGCCACAAUUUCGAUGAUGAGAAGAUGAAGCAUUCCGAGAAAAGAGCAUAAUUCAUACAAACUUACCUAGAAUUUAAAAGUUUAGGUUGACCAUGCUGACGAUUUUCUAAUGAGUUUCUCGGAAUAUUUGAGAUUAAGGUACAGGGAUUAUAUUUCUACCAGGAGCAAUAAUAUUCUCUUUUCAUGAUCCGUCCCUCAUUGUCAUAAGAAAGAAUAUUAUUCUGAAAGAUAUCGAACUCGUAAAUUCUAAUAGCCCCAUUAUAAACCAAUUACCUGAACAAAAUGGCCACAAUGUCGGCAUGGCAAUUGAGAAAAGAAGAAGAAAAAAGGACGGACUAAAAUUUGUAUAAAUUCGUCAGAAAUUGAAAAUCUAAACAGUUCGAGUCUUGUACCAGUACAGUUCACGUAUCGAAGAAAGUUUAUAAGCUGAGAAGUGUCCACGUAUUACAAAAAUGGUGUCAAAUGAAAUAGCGAAAGAAAUCUGUAAAGAGAUCCUGCAGGGAAGUCUUCAAUGUGAUAUCUGCUGCAGAUUCCUCUUUCCAAAUAAGCAAUGCGCUUUAGGGCAUACUAUUUGUUCAACAUGCCUGACCAAAGUAAAAAGUUGCCCUUUUUGCAGAAGACGAUCCAGAUUUUCUGAAAAUUUGGCUCUCACGUCCAUAGCGUCAUCGUUUCCUGUACGUUGCGCUGCAGGCUGCGGAUACACGGGAUCUCCACAGGAUAUGGUGUUUCAUUCGAGCGAGUGUGAGCGCAAGACCUUUGAAUGUCCAACAAGAAGAUUCUUGCCAAAUUUGUCAUCAGAAAAUUCCCAUCCUGGAAGACAGAAGGUGUGCCGCCAUUUUGUGGAAGACCACCCGCAUCUCCUAAUCAGGGAGAACAAAAUGGAAUUGAAAUUCGAUGAAUAUUUUUAUCGAUAUGUUUACAACUCCGGUUCAUCCACCAUCUGUGCGGAUCAAUGUUUUUAUAUGGAUGGCAAUGUCAUUCAAUUAUGGUUGCAAGUUAGUCUUCAGAAAAAACGACUUCGGGUGGCUCUGAUGUUUUAUGGUCCAGAAAUAGAACGAUAUAAGUAUCAGUGCCUGAUUCGCCUGAUGGUAAGCAAAAGAGCUAAACAGAAGAAGUUUGUUUGGUGCGCCCCAUAUUCUUCCACCUUUGAAGAAAUUCCAGAUAAUUAUGUUGCAGAGUUCUGUUUUACACGAAUGGGGGAAUUUCACUUGGAAAUGAUCAAUAACUCCGAAUGACAGCGUACAUAUUUUUUGUAUAUUAUUAUUGAGCAGUGAUUAAAGUUUAGGCAAUAUUUAUAAACUUUUUGUUAUAUGAAAUCUUUUUCACAUUAAUUUACAUUAAACAUUAUUUUUUUAUUA